AUGAUUUUAUUAUUUUAUUUAUUAUUAAUACUCUUCCUACAAGCUGAAGCUUCUAAUGAAUAUUCGAAUAAGUGCUCACAACGAUGCAAUCGCAUCCACGAUCGCAGUUUAUCAAAAAUUCAUUUUGAUAAUGAGAAAGUUGAUUUAUUGUUCGAAAAACAGAAACCUCUUGGAACCCUACGAGAUGUGUGUUGGCGUAUGUAUGAUCACCUGGAUUGUAUGAAGAGAUGUCCAUCAUCCAAAGAACACGAAAAACUUGUAAGACGAGUACGUUUCAAAUGCCGGUCGAUUUUGAGUGAUAUUGAGGAUAAAUUAGUUUGCAUAAAUCGCUAUCAUUCAUUUAUUGAAGUUCGUUGUUCGAGUUUCGUGAAUGAAGCUAUACGUAGGCGAGAAAAACAAUCACUCGAUUUAACGCCGGAUAAGGAGACAUGUCGCUAUCUACACUUAAAUUCCUUAUGUUUGGAAAAUACUGUAAAUAACUUUUGUCCAAGGACAAAAAAGAUUUUUCGUCGUUUAAACUUCAGGGAUUACUUCUUGAACUUCAUCAUUCCUGAAAAUGAUCUCUUAUUCGAUGAUGAAGACUUGGAUAGUUGUCAAAUCUACAACUUUGUGAAAACUGCUGGAAAAUCUGACGCAGUGCAUGUUGAUGAGGAGCUGACAACACUCAGGAGUCGCUUGGAAGUUGAAGAUACGAUUCCUACGAAAGUAACCUUCUUUGCACCGAGUUCAUCUAGAAUGACGGAAAAACAGGCGUUCAGUGAACUUCUGAACGAUUUACUGAGUACGAAUGAUCUGAAAACGGAUGCAAUGACGACUCCAAUGACUCUAAGAAAGAAAAUCAAAGAUAAAGUUUCGAGAAACUCAUCAAAUUCUGAGACACAUGAUGAAAUGGAAACGACCACCAUUUUUUCUCAUGAAACGACUGACGUUAUUGAAAAGCUUUUGGAUAGCAUUGAGAAAACAGCCAGAAAAACUUUGGAGUCUUUAGAAGUUUCGGAAAAGCCUAAAAACAUCAGUGAAAAAGAAGAUGAUAUGAUCGAUAAUCAACUAAGCUUCAUGGACGUACUGGAUGAUGACGAAGAUGAAGCUAAAGAGCAAGUCGAAGAUCAGGUGGAAGAUGAGAACGAUGAAACUCCUGAAACCCAAAUAACUGCCUCGGCUGAUUCAAUCUACUCCACAGCGGUCGAAUUUUCUACAGUCCCGACCAUGCAGACGACUACGUCGAACAAGAAACUGUUUUCGGAUGACUCUAUGGAGCAUACUCCUCCGAAUUUUCGAUAUUCAUCAAUGAGAGCUCACCGAUACACAGUUCCCAUGAAUACUGGUCGAGCAGAGGAUGUUGUGACACCUAUAAAUCUCGAUACUUCAACCAUGUUUGGAGAAGAGUUUACUUCCGCAGAAGAGAAGAAGCCACAGAAUUAUGUGUAUAAUAAGAAUAAUGAUGAAGAUAAUAUCGAAAUCACAACUAUAAGUUUAAAACCUUCGUCGGAAGGGAGUGCUCCUCUUUUGAACAAAGGUCAUGUUAUUAGGAAGCCAAUUUUAAGCUGGAAUGAAGAGGAUAAGAGCCAAGAUAACGAUAGAGUCAAUGUUGUCAAGUCUACAAAUGUGGGAGAAAGAAUAAUUGAUGAUUAUGAAGAGGAAGCUGAAGAUGAUGAUAACGACGAUGUUUAUGAAAACAAUGAUUAUGAAGAAGAAGAUGAAGUAGAAGAUGUGGCAGAAGAAAUGAAAGCAAAGGAGAUGCCAGCAGUAGGAGUGGAAGAAAUAGUUGGAGAUGUUACACUUCCUAAUAUGGAAAUGACCGAAAAAUCAGAAAAACCAAUCAAUUGGACAGUUAAUAUACUGCUAAUUAUACUAACCAUAGAAUCAAAACGUUUGAGACGCCAAGCUUAUCCUCCCAACCCUGCACCAUUCCAAGCUCGCAAAGAAGACUAUAACUUACCUCCUUUUUAUCAACCGCAUCCUGGCCGAGAUGCUUCUUCACUUUCACCCGUUUUCCCUUUUCAUAGUGAAUUUAACAACGGACUUGAUAUCAAUCCAGGCACACGUGUGACUGUUGAUGGAAACGUCAAUGUUCCCAUACUUGGAUGGGGUAUAUGGGAUUACAAAGGAGGAAUAAAGGUAGGAAGACCUAACACCCGUGUAGGAUUCGGCUCCUUAUAUGGUCCAACAAAUGUUCUCGGAAUAAGUGCUGAUACUAUAGCUACUCUUGCCAAAGAUGGCAAUUUCAAUCAAGCAAGAGAAAGUGUCCCCUCGGUUCCAGUGUCAGUUCUACCCGGUAACUUCGUUCCUUUGCGUUGCAAACCUCCCUUCUGUAAUCCAUUUGUUCACAACACCGCAUUCGGUGUUGAUGUUGAACCAGGAGAUGAUUAUCUAUUUGAUGGAGGAAUUGAUUUCCCUAUCCCACUUGCUCCUUCUGGAGUUGGUGUUCGUUUCCCUCUCAGCGGAGCUGUCAAUGUUGGUACCGAUCCAUUCCUUAUUACGUAUGGACAUGGUAUGGGCCCAGUUGAACCACCAGGAUUCAGUACGAAGAAGUCUUCUCGUACAAGAAAUUAA